AUGACGUCACGAUCAAUAGGUGUCUCGUCUCUCCGCUCUCUCAAAGUGCACCGGCCUCUGUGUCUCUGCCGAAGUUUCUGGUUUCUCGAAGCUCUCGCUUUGUUUGCAUCUGACUGCGGAAAUAUUUUUAGAGGUACCACAGGACUCGGCAAAUACUGUACUUCAAAAGAAAUAGGGCUUUGUUUCGUGAAUUUUCAUCUAAGAGGAAACAAAAUGGAAUAUAUUCUCUAUGGAGAUAGAUUUCUUUGAGUUUUUCAUAUAAUUAUUGCGUGCAACAAAAUUAAAUAAUACAAAUAAUGAAAUUCUCAAGUGAGCGGUGACUCACUUAAUAAUUUUUCUGAAUCAGAACCUCAGUUAAAAAAACACAAAAAGAACAUAGAUUUUGCUUAUUUUCAUUUUCACCAGCAUUAUAAGUGAAAGUUUCAAUAAUAAACACCGCAAACUGACUUCAAGUACUGACUUUCUCCAAUAGACAAAGAGAUACUAUACCUUCAUAAGGUUACAGUAAAACAGUUUUUUCUGUUCUUGGGAAGUUGCGACGGCCUCAUACGGCGACCCUCAGUAUCUCACUGUGGCGAUCAUGCCGGAAUGCAACGACUCUCUUCGAGAUGCACACUGUUUUGCCAACCAAGCCAUCUGCCCGACUGACGACGGUUCUCGCCGAUUCGACAGCACCUCUGCGCCUCCUCACUCUCGGCCGGCCGCCCGUCCGCCGUCGUUGUUGUUUCGCAUUUUCAGUUCUCUCGUCGUUUGAGACCUCCCAAUCUCGUUCCCUCGCUUCUCUUUUCCUUUAUCUUUUUCUUCUUCUCGUACCCACCCACCAGACAUGUUUUACUGCUUUCAUUCACUGCGCGUAGUGUGAAUCUCUGCUGCUCUAUUCCACAUGUUGCGUUUUUCCUAACUAUUUAUUAAAUACUUCUUUCACAGCGGCUCGCUUUUCAUUGGUUCCUUAUACGUAAUUCCAAUGAACGAACGCAAAAAAUUGAAAACUUUUUGUUUCUCUGCUUCCAAAACCUAUAAAAGGAACUCACAGCAAAAAAAAAAACGCAUUGCAUAUUACUCAGAAUUUAGUUUUUGAAGUUUUUCAUUUCCUAGAUCUGAGACCAGGAGUAAAAAACUAUCCAUACUUCAAUGUUUGGGACAUAGAAUUACGAUUUUCUUUCAAAAACAGUUCAUCGAGUCUUGUCACCAAAUUUUUCUUUCCCACUAGGUUCUAACAUGAAAGUUAAAUUAAUUGUCUUCUGAAAACUUUCUCAUUGGUUUGUAAUAAUCUUAGUUCUACUCAGAAUGAUCCUCUUUGAACCUCAUCGGCCUGACUGUUAUCAAUCCGACUUUCGUCUGUCAAAAGCGAUAUUUUUUGAAAUUCAACGCUGAUAAAGCGAGAUCAAAUUAUACUUAUCUUUGGAGUCAUUGUGGAAGUUUUUUACACCUGCUUCCCUGAGCAAUCAGCUGCAAAAAGAUUUCCAGUGAGAUAUAAUAAUUAGGAGUAAAGUUCAUUCGCUGAAAUUUCUCCUCGUGAAAGAGUGACAAUAGGGAAAAAUAAUCCGCUGAUGAAUGCUUCUCGUAAAAAAAGAAAAUAAAAACGCUAAUCCAACAAGAAUGACUAUGAUCAUCUCGUAGGAUUUACCAUAGGACAAUAGGUCCUGAGUCGCUUUCAGUAGAGAUCAUAGAUUACUGGAAGUUACUCUGCUGUUCACCGGCUUCGCUUACACUGAGACAUGGCUCUUGCGCUUGUUUUCUUACAUUUUUCUGAGAAACACCUAUCGAAAUCUGAGACUUUGUCAGAUUUGGAAGUGCGAGCUUUUUUUUGGUAGAAACCAUCUUCAGGGUUCACCUUUUUACUGAGUUAUCAUUUUGCUAAUAAUUUUUUAAAGUUUGUUUUUUCUUUUGUAAAAUUUGUAAAUUCAAUCAUUCAAAAAAUUUUCCAUUUCUUCAUGAUUUUUGUUGAAACCCUGACAGUUCAAAUAAAAACGUAAAAGAAACCAGACUCUGCAUUUUCACGCCUCGGAAUUGAUUAUCGUAUAACUCUACUGAAUGUAGCGGAAACCUCACUAAACAAAAGGUUACAGGUGAGGCCAUGGCUUUUGUGUCCGGAGGAGGCGGAGGCCUCCCGCCUGGACAGCAGCCGACAGCGGCUGGGCCUUCAUCCUCAAACGGAACAGCUCCAGGAUUCAGCCAACAGAUCAUCGUGAGAUUUUUUCUUUUCUCGUUGUUGCUCUUCCGGAAAAAAGACCACAAAGCGUGGGACAGAAAACAGUGUGAAUGCGUCGUUUCAAUCGCUCUUCCACGGCACAAAAGAAGCACGCCGCCCAAUUUUCACGUUUUCUCGCCGUUCCGUGUCCAAAAAUCAUUUUCAUGGCAGAAUGGCUAUAAAAAUUUUUGAAAGUUUUCGACGUUUUGCGAUGCCAUUAAAAAUUUGAAAUCUGAAUGCACGUACGAACAACAAUUUGAAUUUUCUGAAAACAAUAUGAUCCAACGACAAAAACAAAAAUGAAGUCUUUAUCAAAAUUGAGGAUUCUGCAAAUCUUGAAAGCAUCAAAUUUGAAGCUUGAAAUUGUUUGUUACUGAAUAAAAAUAUUCUUUGAAAAUGCAGGUCUAGCAUAACUGACAGCUGCACAGACUUCCUCGAUUUUGACAUGAGGUUCCCGAUAACUUAUUUUUACACUUUCCCUCAAAAUCGGACAACAGUUUUUUUCUACAAAUUAUCUCAACGGCAAAAAACUUGUCCUUUUCUCGAAUCUACAAAAUAAUGAAAACAAUGACCUUAAUAACCAAAAAUAAUGGCGGAUUCUGAAAAAAAUAAUGAUAAAAACACGAAUGAUAUGGAAAUUUGUGUACGCGUACCCAUUGUCGGGCAGCGACUGUCCUCGAUUUAUCCUCGUUGUUUUGACUGACGCCGUCGUCGAUGCAUUGCCAUGCACGUGUAUCUGAUACCCCCGAUUUUGUGCCAAAAAUAGAAGCCAAGUGUGUGGCGAUUUGUUGAUGUUUUGCCGUUCUUUUCCAAUUCUAAAGACUCUGAUGACGUUUCUCGCUUAUCUGACCAGUGAACUCUUCUCAGAAUCUUUCUGAUUUUCCCUUUAAGUUUCAGUUCUAAAAAAUUUUCAAAUUUUAUUUUCAUGAUCAACGCGGUCGUUCUCUGAGGGUAAGAACUUUGAAAAACUAUGAAUUUGAAAUGAAAAACUUUGCGGGAUCGAUAUCUGUUUUUUUCAAUUUUUUUAGACUUUCAACUAGAUUAUGGAAAAAAAUUAGAUUCCUAUUCGUUUGAGGUUGAAUUUAAAUUAUAUCUGGAAAAUUAUAAGCUUUGUGCAAAAUGCGUUUCCGAUUUACCCCUACAAAUAAAGAAAAAAAUCUUGUUUGUAUUUCUUUGUUUUUCAUAUUGAGUGAACAAGAUAUUUUUGUAUUCUCAAAGAAUACAUUUAUUCUCCAACCCGGGAGUACAAUUUUGCAAAUUUCAUUUUUCCAAGAUUAAAAAAAUUAUUUAAAAAGUUUUUUUAAUGUCGUAUAACAGAAGUUAAUUAUUUUUUUCCUGAAAGCUCCACAUUUCAAGUUUAAAUUAUAUUUCCUAAUAUUUUUUUAGACUAGGUAAGAGAAAAUGAAUUUGGUGGACGCAAAAAGACGUUUUUCUGCAUAACAGAGACGUCCAAGGACAUGAAGAGGCAUUUUCUGCCGUUCCUAAUAGAGAAAAGCGGACUUCACACAAAAUUCCUAGUGAACUUUUUUUUUAAAUUUCAUCGCACGUCUUUGAUAAUAGCUUUACUAAACAUCUCAAAAAAAAAUUCUUGCUCGAAAUUUUUCUGAUUCGCAGUAAUUUUAUCGCAGGUUACUGGAGACAACUGGAGAUAGGUAGGUGCAUGGUUUGCAACUUUAACAUUUGAGGUAUGUUUUCACAAGUUUUUUGAACAAACUUCAUUUGGGUGUAUUUAUUUUUUCAUUAUCUCAACUUGAAUGUGAUUUCAAAAGAAUAAAAUGAUGAUCUCCGCCAUUUGGCCCGUGGAAACCCUAAGAACACCCGCACAGUACGUCAUGUCGCGAAGCAAACUGUUCCGUCAGCUUUGAUAGCUCAAGAAACGGACACGUUGCCGACACGUGCACGGCACCGAAUUCCAAUGUCACACUGAGCACUCGGGAACAUUUCAAACUGAUAAGAUAAUAAGGGUAAUUUCAGCGAGUAGGCCGGUUUAUUACUUUGAAACGAUGUAAAAGAGUAUUUGGUAAUGAGAAGGCGAUCAGCAGUCUAAUGAAAUGGUUUCUUGCUAAUGAAUGAAAGAUCUUCUGUAGUUUUUGUUUAGUACGGGAUCCAUUCCAUCUGGGCAUUCUUAUAAAUAGGAGUAAUGAUGAAUUAAAGCGCUUUAUAAUCGUUUAGAUUAAUUUUUGAUGUGGUCGUUGUAAAUUAUUCUAAGAACUAAUUUUGUAAGUGGCAGACGAGAAAGAAAAAAGUAAUUUAUCAGAGUAAUGUGAUUUUCCAAAAUUCAAUGGCGUUAGAUUCAUUUCGUUUAUAUUCUUGAGAAGAAAAACGAUUUUUCUUGCUGUUGCAAGUUUUUCGAGAUUGCAAACUUUAAAGUAAAAAAAUGUACAUUUGAGAGUUUUUAGAGUUGUUUUCGAAAAAUCUCAUCCGUCCAAGUGGAAUGGUCAUUGAUAUCAAUUGGCGCAAUUCAACCAAAAGAGUAGUUGAACCGUGAAAAACUAAAACAGUUGAGAAGAAACAAAACGCAGUUCGUUCACUGAAUAAUGCUCCAGGAUUGCCCUCUGCUGUUAGUUUUUGCCAUGAAGCAAUGUUUUUUGUUCAAAAGGACUGUAUGUUACUGCACUUUGAUUUAUCACAUGAAAUCCUCUUUGAAAGAAUUUUCGGACGGCACCAGCCAGUUCCAUCCCUUUUUCCAUGAUUUUUGAUCCCUUCUAUAAUUUUUUUAAAGAAUAAAAAAAUAUGUGAUGUUCGUUGCUCACUCACUUGACUUCAAAAACGAAAUGAUGCUGGAGUCACACGACUCUUUUUCUUCAGCCGUUGGUUUUUGCUCUGUCAAGAAAAAAAGAGCAGAGAGAGGCCUCAGGCGAAAUAACUCGCAGAUAAUGAGAGUUCAAACCUUCGUUUCAUUUUCUCUUUUUCAUUUUUAAAGAAGACGAUCUUUCCUCAAUUUUCGGAAAACAGAAUUCUGUGCAAAAAAAAAACAGCUAAUUUGGAACGAGCAUCUCAUUGGCAACCAUGGCUUUUUUUCUGAGUUUAGAAAGAGUUUAAAAACUGACGAAUUUAAUGAAUUGGCUGUCUACUAAAUUUUUCGGUCUUAUUUUACCGUCAUAUUUUUAAUUUAAAUUUGGUUUUUUUCUAGGCGUUUCGUUCAAAUUUUUUUGCUCGAAAAAUUUAUAUUUGAUGUUUUUCUGAUUCGUUUCGUGUCGUCUGCCAGUGAUAGGCCGCUUGAAAUCAGUUAUCACUCAGAAAAAGAAGACAAGCAGACUAUCGAUGAGGUGCAACGGGACCGUAGGGUAAUUUGCUCGCUUGCUCAUGUGAUUUGAGCCUUAUCACUGGCCAAACGAUAAUACCCACUCGACGCCACUUCGUUCAUUGAUUCUUUGGCGGAAAAAAGCGAGCGAAUGUUGCCAAAUCAGCCUAUCUUUGUCUUUGUUUCUCUUCUCUCUAUUCUUCUCGCUUCUAUGACCUUUUUUCGCAAGCAUUUCGGCACCACAGAUAGCUGAUCUUAGUUCCCUUUCACGGGUUAAAAAAAGUUAUUUUUAAAAGAGAUAAGUUUUUUUCAUUUUUUCGAGUAGUUUAGUCAAAAAAAAUAGCUUAACUAAUUUUCACAUCAAUUUUUGAUAUAACCGGAGAAUUAUGCAACUUGAAUUUUCAAGUAUCCAUUUUCAAUUUCAUUUCCAAUUUUGGAAGUAAGGAAUCCCCGAGAGAGAAAGAGAGAAGAGAGGUUUGAUCGGUUGUUUGGCGAUUUUCAGCGGCUCUUGGCUUUUUGCCCCAAUUGCCAUUGAUCAUUGGCCAUUGCGUCCCUCUUUCACAAGUAUGAAAGACCAAGGAGGGAGAGAAAAAGAGGAAAGAGCAGCGUUUGCUGCGGACAGAUGUAAAAUAAUGAAAUCUGAGGCAUUGGGAGGGUGAAAGAUCAGAAAAAGUUGAGACGCCAGCACACAAGCAUCAAAGAGAAAAAAACCACCUAUAAUAGAAACAUUAAUAAAAGAUUAUGUUUAGUUUUUGAUUCAAAAGAGAAGGAAAUGUUUGGAAAAAAAGAAAUAGCGAUCGUUCUAAUAUUUUUCUAGCUUGAACCAAAUGAAAAAAAGUUCUAUAGCCUUGAAAAACAAUAAUAUUACUACAGAGACUUCACCUUUUCGCAAAAAAAUUGCGUUUAUUAGAAAAAAACACUAUAAAUAUUGCUGAAGAUCUUUAGUUAGCGGUGUACGCUAAAGUCGCUAAGAUCUAUCUAAACAUUAUCACUAGCAGUCACGAGGACUGACCACACAAACUUUAACAAGUUUUAUUCUUGCAGGAGAUGAUCUUUCAACAGCAGCUGCAGCAGCAGCAGCAGCAGCAGCAACAACAGCAACAAGCCCAGCAGCAGGUUCAACAGCAGGUUCAACAGCAGGCCCAACACCAGGCCCAGCAACAGGCCCAACAACAGGCCCAACAACAGGCCCAACAACAGGCCCAGCAACAGGCCCAACAACAAGCCCAGCAACAGGCCCAACAACAAGCCCAGCAACAAGCUCAAGAAGUUCAACGCCAACAAGCUCUACAACAACAACAAGCUGCAUUUCAGCAGCAGCAAACUGCUGUGGUCAACCAACAGCUUCUCCAAGGUAGUUGAACCUUACUGGCUGAGCUAGAAAAUUGAAUAGAAGAUGAAGUGAGAAGAAAAUUUGGCUCAUUCAAAAAAUUAACGUUUGAAUGUGAAAAAUAUUCCUUUUUUCAAAUUAAACUUUUCAUAUCCACGUUUUCAGAUUUCGGCGUACAUAAAGAAUAUAUAUAUAAACGAAUUCGAUUUAAUGGAAAGAGAACUCAAAGCGAAUUGUAUUCGAGAGUGAAAAAUUAAUUUAAAAAUAAAAUGAUUUCAAUUUGUAGAGGAAUGAUUUCAAAAUUUUUGAAUAGUUUUCCAUACGCUGAUACAGGACUGGUCAACGCUAUCACCCAAGUGAAUCCUCACGCUCCUCAACAGCAGCAGCAGUUCCAGCAGCAGCCGGGACCUGCUCAAAAUCAGAUGCUCUCUCAGAAUGUGAUCAACGCUCUUCUGCUGCAGCAAGUUCAAGUUUAAAUUUCCUGUGUUCUUGUUUUCUGAAUUUCUUUUUGCAGAACCAGGCUAACACUCUUCUGAAUCCCGCUUUGCUGUACUACCAGCAGCUAUUGCAACAGCAGACUCAGCAGCCACAAGCCCAGCAGAACCCGCUAGUUGCACCUCAACCUCAACCUCAAGCUGCUCCUCUCGUACAAAUUCCCCACUCUCAAGCUCAGCUGCAGCAACAAGUUCAACAACAGGCUCAACAGCAGGCUCAGCAACAAGCCCAACAAAACCUUCUGCUUCUGUUGCACCAACAUGUUAGUUGACAUCCUCACAAAAGAUUCACUACGACAGCCUUGUUUUUUCAUUCAUUUAUAUCCAUUUUUUUUUUGAUUGAAUUGUUAGGAAACCUAAGUGCUACCAAUAUGAGAAAUUUUCAAGGUUUUUUUUUCAAAUUACAGAAAACAGGGAUUUUUUUUUGAAUAACGGAUUUCUAGCUCAAAAAAAGUUUUGAUGAAAAAUUAUUGAUAAGAAGAAAAUUGAAGUUUCAAAAUUUGAGGCUGUUUGUACAAACAUUUCGGAUUCUUCAUACUUUGAAACUUUGAACGGAAUAACAAAAACUUAAUGAAUGAUAAGCUCAGUUUUCUUCAAAAAUCCAGUUUGAAUGACUGAAAAAUUUAAAAUGACGUUUUUGCUUGCACUUUUUAAGAGGUAAUAGUAAAAGGAUUGAAGUACAAAUUUUUGAAUAGGAUAAGGUAUGAGUAACCUGUCCAUUCUUUGAUAAGAUUCAUAGGAAAUCAAAAAGUCAGUUUUAUGAGAAAAGCUCAUGUUUUAAUUUGAUAUGAAAGCGGUAUAAAUUUGCAUUUGAUUUAGGCGCAAAGCCAACAGCAACAGCAGAUCCAGCAGCUCCAACAGCAAGGAUCGUCGCAGCAGCAUCCAAACGUGGCCGUUCCUGUUGCCAACGCAAACGCUAUCGCCCAGGCUUUACAACAAUUGAGUGCCGGAGGACAUUCUUCUGGGAUCACUCCAGGUGAGAUCAGAUUUGCGGUUCCCCAUAGCUUCGAGAAUAUAGCAUCGACGGGUAACGUUGAAUCGCAUAUGAAUGCGCAAGAGCGGCUGAUGGCACUGCUCGCCGAUCAGCAGAACAUGGCGCAGCAACAACAGCAGAAGCAGAUCCAACAGCACUUGGCUCAGUCGAGCUCUCGACGAGAGGAGCUAAUUCCAGCUCAAAAAGGGUUGCUUUCUACAAACUCCGUCCAUUCGAAUCCUAUCGGAAUCGCCACGCCAAAUUCUCACGCCUUGCCAUCGAGCACCCAAAUUCAAGCGACUGUAUCGGAGGCUCUGAAUCAAGGCGCAGUGCAGGCUUUACCUUCACACGUUGCUCAACCUCAGUCGACAUCUCAACAGCUACCUCAACAACAGAAAGGCAACAACGAAUCGAUUCCCGAUCACAUCAAUCGCAUAAUCAGCGAAAACGAAGUUAUAUUGCAAGGCGACCCGGUAGGAGUUGAGUCCGUUGGUGCAGUAAAGAGUGGAUGAAUCAUGUAGGUAAUCCGCAAGAAGCGUCCCUAUCAUCGGCAAGUAGGUGCGCAAUCAUCAGUCGAUCACGACAGUAACAGUGGUGGUGAGUGGUGAUGUGGUUGUGAUCUUUCCACCGAUGCACCCCAGGAAGUCGUCGAUUCUUCGACAGCUCGUGGCUGACUGAACCGCGACGCGCACGCAAACGCAAUUCUUUGCAAAUUUUUAAACUUAUGAAAAAUGCGAUUCUCAAAGCUUUUCAGACAAGGAAAAUUUUUAGGAGCUUAGUCAUUGAUUAUUCGCAAGUUGCACCAUUAGCAUAAUGGGUUUGGAUUACGAGGGUUAUGAAUGAGUUAUGAAUUCACACCAUGCCUGCAUGACCGACAGCUUUUUAGGGUACUCUCUGAUAAUAAUAUUGUUAAUGCUUCAUAAAUAUCGUUGGAGAGACAGGAAAAACAAAGGAAAUAAAUUCAAAAAGUUCUAUUAUUUAACUCUGAGAAAGAUAAUCUGCGUGUGCUUUGCGGUUUGAAGCGUCCGUCCUAAAAUAAUCUACAAAUAAUGCCAUGUUCGAAUUUUCACAAUCGGAUGGAAAUUGAUUUUCCUCGCUGUUCGGAGAGUUUUUUUUUUGGUAAGUUUGAGGUCACGAAAAGAUGAAUAUAUUUCGACCACCAAGAAAACGUUUCCCGUGACCUUCUCAAGCAUGAUAAACUAAACACUCGACAUCACAAUAAAAGCAUGUUAUCGGCUAAACACUAUGUGGAACAUUAACAACGUGUGCAAAAAUGAAAGACUGAAUAUGAGAUUCUUCAGGAUCGACGCGAACGUCGCCUGGCCUGAAGGACUCGCGAAUGUUGCAGGCUGCCAGCAGAAGUCAGUCGCUGUUUGAGCUUUCGGUAAGCUUCGCCAAGAUUCGCAUGCACUCAUCUUUUUGUCUUGUGCCUUCAGAACCAUCCUUCACGUUCCUUUCUUGGCAGUCUGACAUCGGGUCACCCGAUCGUCCGCAACCAUAGCCAGCCUCCUCCGCCUGAAUGCACCUAUUGCAAAAUUUCGUAAGUGAUCACUCACACCUUUAUCUUUCUGUUUCUCUGCUUCCAGGUUUCCUCAUGAGAAUAUUCAAGCUCACGAACAAGUUUGCGCCAAGCGAAAAGAGGAGGAUGUAAGUUUUCGAUGACUGGGAAAGAGAUCAAAACGUGAUUUCUGACGAGAACGGGUUUCAUUGUGCUCAUCUUCUAGUUUUCUGAAUUUCCCUUUUUUCUACCUCUUCCGCCUAGACGUGCACCGGUUUGAACCGUCUUUGCUCUCUUUUCUCCUAUCAUUGAGACUAUAAAGGAGUAAAAACAGAAUUUCAGCAUUAUUGAAGUGUAUAGAAAACAAACUGUUUCAUUUUGUAGUAAAUAGGGUGUAUGCAGGUUAGAGCAUACUUGUCUUCAGUCUAACAAAAGCUCUUUCACAUAAAAAUCAAAUAUAUGGAACUUUAUUAGAUUUUAUCAAUUUUCUGUUUAGCGGGCAGAAUUUAUUUAUCAGGAAACAUAAGAUCGUCCUUUUCGUUCUAAGAUUACCUGAUUUUGAAAUCCUUUCAUCAAGAGAUGUUAAAAAUUACCAAUUUGUGGGGAGAUUUUUCUUGAAAAUGUUUUUAUAAAAGUAUCAAUACUAUAAAGUAGUCCGUUUCGUAACAACCUAAUAGUGAAUAAAACACCAUAUAAACCAGUGCUUCAAAAGUAUUGGCCUAUCCUUAUGAAAAAAAUUUGAUGUUCAGUAUUCGGGGAUCUAUAAAAUUAAAACAUGAAAAAGAAAAAAAAAUUCAUUAUUUUCUUCUUUUCUUGUAGCGAUCAUCUUUUUUUUUGAAUUGAGUUUCUGAACUUCUUGUUGCAUACAACCACCCAUUCGUGAUAAAGUGAUACACAAAUAUCUUCUUUUUAUGAAGUGAUUAGUAUACAAUGAAGAGAUAAUUUGAGAAAGAAGGUUUUGCAGCAUGUAAAACAGUCGUUGGCUCAACAGCAGCAGCUUCAACAACAACUUCAGCAACUGCAGCAGUUCGCUCAGCCGCAAGCUUCUCCUGCUGGGAGUUCAAGGGCUCCACAGCCGCCGUUUGAAGAGCGUCGCAGCCAUCCGCUGAAACGAAAGUUGAUGACCGCUGCCAACUAUUUUGAGAACCAACCAAGUUCCUCGACUCAGCCUUCUACUUCUCAACAAGGCUUUCAUGCCGUUGAGCCUAAUGCUAAGAACUACAGAAGGGUCCGUUAUUGCUUGUCCACUCACAAAUAUACAAAUAUGACUUUUUAUUAGAACAUAUUUCAAAAAAAAAGUUAAACGGUCCUCAGAAUGUUUCUGUUUCAAAGAGUUAUCAGGGUCCGCGAGACGAAAUGUGCAAAUUUUAAUGCUAGAUCUGAACCUCAAAGCGACUGCGAUGCUCUGAAAAAUUUUGAAAGUGACGAUAAUCUAUGAUAUUAUCAAAAGUGGAAUUCCUCAUUUCUACUGAAUUGGUUUAUUGUCCGUCUUCAUUUCCUUUUCUCAUUGUCGCUGAUUAAACUUUUCUUCCAAAAUUUUGUUUUUCUCAAGGACCCCUUUCUUUACUAUUUCUCUCUAUCAUUUCCAAAGCAACGUCUUUCAAACCCUUGUUUUCCAUCAUUACUUGCCUUUCAGGAUAACAACGACAUAAUUGUGAUUGACGAGAAGAAGCCUGAUAGAAUCGAAUCGCAUCACACCGCGUUCUCGAGAAGGUUUGAAUCAUUUCUUCUUCUUCUGGAAAAUAAGGUGCAAGUCUUGUUAGGGAAAAGUCUGAAACGAGAACAACUCCUGGACUCAAUGACAGGUUGGAAAGGGACCUCUUUUGGGUUGGCAUGUUCUAGCUUCCUAUUUUUUGCUUUAUGCUUUGUUUUCUAAAUGUCUUUUGUCUUUUGUCCUCAUUUUCUUAUUUCGCGACGACUUGACAGCUAAAAAAAUUUUUGAUUACAACUAUAUGGUUUUUUUUUGGGAAUCCAGGCAAUUUUCUUAGCCUUCCAAAGAUAUCGGAGUCUGUUUAUAAUUUUUGUCUAAAAAAAAGAGGGAUAAUUUCAAAAAAAUGAAUUAAAAUUCUUUUGAUAUUUUAUGGAUUUUUCAUCUAAGAUUAUUUUUGAAUGUCACGCGCUUAAAAGCGGAAAACUUUUGCGAGAACCGCGUUUUUUAUUUGAAGCUUCAUGAUUUCGCAGAAAAGAGACGAAAAUGUUCACAAUUUUUGAAGUUUUGGGAACAGCAAUUCUUUCGAAAACCUUGACAGCAGACUACCUUAAGUUUAAUUCGAGCAUGUGAAAUUAAUUUGCCUAAAAUGCGAUUUCCAGGCUUACAUUUCCAUGUUUUUCUGCAAAAUACUGAAAUUUCUGAAGUUAUGUGCCAAUGCUUUUUUUUGUGAGCGUGAAACGUUAUCUAACAAAGCCUCAAACGAAGUAGAACUUGAAGCGAACGAAAAAUUUGUUUCUGAGCUUUUUACCCAAAGCUUUAUAUAAUUUUUUGGAAUUGGGAGAACUAUUCAAAGAAUUAAACUUUAAGGUCGACAGUUCCUUCUUUCGCGAAGACGUUGGAGCAAAGACAGCAGCCGACGCCUCUGGUCAUUCCUGCUCCGGUAGCGACUCCAGCGCCAGCAGCCACUCCAGUUCCACAACAACCACAAAUUACAAAUCAGAAUCAACUGGUAAGGCACUAACUUCGAAAAUUACCAAAGUAAACGAUGUUUAGUUGGCACAACUAGCCGCAGUGGCAGCAGCCCAAGGAGGAAGUAGCCUCGUUCAUCUUGUUCAAACCAACCCAACCGCCGUAAUCCUAGCUCUUCAACAGCAACAACAACAACAACAACAAGCUCAACUUCUUCAACAACAAAUUCAAAAACAACAGUUUCAAGAACUACAACAGCAACUUCAACAACGACAGCAACAACAAGCACGGGCCCAAGCAGAGGCUCAGGCUCAAGCUCAAGCUCAAGCCCAGGCUCAGGCUCAGGCUCAAGCCCAGGCUCAAGCCCAGGCUCAAGCUCAGGCUCAAGCCCAGGCUCAAGCUCAGGCUCAGGCUCAAGCUCAAGCACGUGCUCAAGCAGAAGCCCAAGCUCAAGCUCAAGCCCAGGCUCAAGCUGCAGCUGCAGCUGCUCAAGCCGCUCAAGCUGCUGAAGCCGCGCAAAAAGCUGCUGAAGCCGCGCAAGCCGCUGAAGCUGCGCAGAAAUCUGCUCAGGCAAUCCAAGCUCAGGCACAAACAAAAUCAUUGGCUACUUCUUCGCCGCAACCCUCAGCAUCUCAAAAUUUACCGGGGUUCACAGCUCCCUCAACAAGUUCCGUUCCGCCUAUAUCAACAAGACAGGAGUCCAACGUUUUUUCUUGGGAAGACCUUGACAUUGAUGGCAACGUUGAACGACCGUACUGGCUAGUUCUUUCUCAGCCGGAAGCCACAAAGCCGUCGUUUAUGGUCAACGACAGCACAGGAUCGCGACGGAUUCGUGGGAGAAGUAUAACUUCGGAGACAUUCAUGUGUAUGCAUCGUCCUCAACCCAUGUUUGUUGAGCAGAAAGGAAAUCUCUCCAUGUACUCCAACUGGCAGCAGGUUUUAUAUGUCUUCAACUAACCAUAAGCUUUAACCAAGGAAGGUCAUUUAGUACAAAAUUUUCGAAAUUAGAAGAAAAGUCAAACUUUUUUUUUAUCAAAAUGAUCUUCUUAAUAAUAGUACUUAACUUUUCGAAUGUGUGACGCUCGGCUCUGAACUCGGCUUUUUGCUUUUUUUCGGUUUUGCUUGAGAGAAAUUUUACAGUAAAAUAUUUCGAGAAUUUGUAGUUUCAGAUAACCAUCAACGAGAGCGAAUCGAAACUCAAUUUGUUGUUCAUGGGGAUGUGUUCUACUAAACCAAGAACUGGAGUGAAGCCUUUCUGGCGAUACACCAUCGCAAAUAGAGAUCAGGGACAGUAUCGUAUGACUCAUUCUUCAUACUGGGACCACAGCGCCAAGGUUAAAUUAUCUUGUUUCUUUUCUAUUGAUAAUCUCUUCCAGAUGAGAACACGUCAAUUGCAACCAUCUGAGACGGCGAAACCUGAAGAAGAGAUCGACUACAACUUGCUCGACCAGAUCGUAGCUUCCAAUCAAGCUUUGAAAGAAGUUUGAGUUAGAAAAAAUUCAUUUUUAAAAAUGCUCCAUAUUAGGACUUUGACGAACCAGGCCCUUCUCGAGUUCCGACAGCCGAAAUGAUCCAAAAAGUGGAUGAAGAAGAAAACGUGGAAGCCCAUUCAUCAGGGUUCUCCAAUUUCAAACAAGAAGAACUGAACGUAGAGGACGACGAAGACGAAGAGAUGUCAGUUAUCUUAAAACUGUCAUACUUCAUCUUAUUCUAUUUACUUCAGAAGAGUUGAUGACGAUCAAAUAAUCGUCGUUGACGACAAACCUCCGAGUUCUUCGAAUACACCUCCACCGAAUGGAAUCGCGUACAAAGAACCAGAAUCUCCACGAGUUUCUGCUAAUGUUUCGGCCUUGAGAGCUCUUCGACCAAAAGGGAAUAAAGUCAUGGGUGGCUAUCGGACAGACGAGGCGAGCAUUUAGAGCUUUCUUUUUCUGCCACGACCAGUUGGAAUCUGAAAACUUUCCCACACAUUACAUUUUAGUUUACCCACUUUUUUUGCUUUUAAUCGGGUUUUAUUUCGUUCUAGGUUUAUGUAUACGUUCGUGGACGAGGGCGCGGGAGGUACGUUUGUGAUCGUUGUGGGAUUCGCUGCAAAAAACCGAGCAUGCUGAAAAAGCAUAUUAAGUUCGUUUUUUGCAUUUUCCUGUAGUGAGCACCCUUUUGCAAUCAAACUUCUACCUUUUUCCAUUUUUGGUUACCAUGAAACUGCAAUAUUUCAGAUCACACACUGAUAUUCGACCAUUCAAAUGUGCCGAGUGCAAUUUUUCUUUUAAAACUAAAGGAAACUUGACAAAACAUCUAAGCUCAAAAACACAUCGGCGUCGGGUGAUGAAUGGUAAGCACUAAUUCUUCAUUAACGAAUUUUAGAAUCGCCUCUUAACAUGCUAAUAUGCUUCCAAAAAAGGCGUUUUCAUGGGCAAUUUCAGUCUUUUUCUCAACAAAAAAAAGGCGAACCACUGCUGAGUAUACUAAAAAAGAGAUUUUCUUCCCCUUUCAUCACAAAAACAAAAUGUUUCAAAAAAAAGAGGUCUUAAAAAUUAAAAUUCCUGCAGGUAAACGACCAGUACAUCGAAACUAUUUCUUCGAAUGCACAGGAAAAACUGUUCCGAGUAACGAAGUCUUCCUUGGAAGAUGUUCUUUGAAAUAUUCUAUUCAAAAACAAAAAAAUUUUGCCAAUAAUUUUCAGAAACCUAAUACUUUAACUAGUCGCCAGUUGACUUUAAAAACUAUUUAUUAAUUUACUUUUGCCAGUAUCGCUUUUUCAGGCGACAGCGACAGCGAAGACAGACUGGAGAUUGCUCUGUCAGAUGAUGGCAAAGACAGCAACGAAAAGAACUACUUUGAUGAAAUGGACGCUAAGUUAGAAAGUGGAUUGAAACUUCAUUGAAAAGGAUUUUUAGUAGCUCGGACGAGGAAGGCGAUGACCACAUCAUGGGAAAUUCGGAGCAUCACGUGAAGAAGUUCGGACAAGAGCAGAUUCUGCUGGAGAGGUCCGCCCACACGCCGCCGACCCGUUGGAUGCUGGUCGACGGAGACUCCGACGGCUGCUGGCCUGUCGUUGACGUCGAUCGCAAUUGUAGCAGUGCCCCGCCUUCGGCUGUCGACGAGAGCUCCUCUCAUCGUUAGUUUUUUAGAUUUUAUAACGGAAAGAGAAGGAACUUUAGUUUUGAAAGUGGAUGAGAAUACUCUACCUCACUGAUUCCAGAGUAUACCGAAAAGUCUCUUAUCCAAUUCUUUUAGAACUCUCCGCAGCUGUUUUACCGACGGCUCAAACGCUGCUCGUUCCAGCUCAUUCCACAGUUCCUUUGGCGAUAAACUCCAGUCCAAUCGCUCCUGCAACGCUUCCACAGCCCCACCAUCAACAAGUUCAAGUAGAAUCCUCACUAAAUCAUGAAUCUACUCUUGAUUUCUUCAGGUUUAUACGGUGCAUACAGUCCCAGCAAGCUCAUCGAUUCACAAUUUCGUUUUAAAAAAAGAGGUAGUAAUCAAACGGAAAGUUUAUUUAACAGGUCCCUUCAGGAAACAUUGAAAUGCGAUCAAUGUGAUAGAACCUUCCGGAAAUCAUCCGAUCUCAGUUUGCAUCAACACACGCAUAACAUCGAAAAACAGCAAACUAAAAACCGGAUGUUCCAGGUCAGCUUUGAAAAAAAUCGAUUUAAUAAAAUUUUUAAUUAGUGCCCGGAAUGUCGUCUGCCAUUGAGAACUAAAGCUCUGCUCGCAAAGCACGUCGAAACAGCUCACGGAAGCCAUGUGAGUUUUUUUCUGAGAUAUGAGUUAAAAUAAAAAAAACAGCGAAAAAAAUUAUUUACUGGUUACAAAAUGAAAUUCCUAUAGAAAAAAAUGUUUAAUAACUCCGAAAGCUGCAAUUCUUUCAAAGAAGAUUUGUUUCCAGCCACCCUUUCCUCGUGGAGAGUACCGAAAAAUGUUAUUUGAAGCUUUUUUUGCACACUUUUCCUAAAAUCUUUAUCGGUACCAGAUUUUAUUUUUGCUAGAAAUUUACGACCAAAAUCUGCAAUGCAAUAUUCGUAACUUUUCUGGUGAUUCGUCGAAAUUUCGAACAUUUAUUUGGAAAAAAUCGAGAUUUAAAAAAAUUUCAAGAUUGAUGACAGCGUGACGGCUAACAUUGACCCGGCCGCCUCGACGCAAUCAGUUCUUGUCGGAAGAACUCCAGCUGCAAACAACAAUCCUCGUUCCUUUGUCUGUAACGACUGCAGCAUUGGCUUCCGGAAGCAUGGCAUUCUCGCCAAGCACCUCAGGUCUGUGACAGUGAUUCUACCUUCUGGUCCCAUCUAAUUUCUGAUGAUGGUCGAAUAACUUUAAAACCAUAGAAGACUUCUUAGACUGUACAUUUCAUCUGAAUUCUGAAACGCAGCUUUGAUAAUUCUAAAAACUUACUUUAAAAUAAUUGACUUCUUAUUGCUGCGAGAAAUACACAUUCUUCUAUCACUAACCUCAACAGAAUUUCUGAAUGAAACAUUUUCUCGGGAAAAAAAGCCUUCUCUACUAACAAAAAAAAGCGCAAACAUUGAAUUUUUUUGAGAAUUUUUUUCUUUUUUGAAUUUAUGUUAAGAUCGAAUUUGAGCUUUUUGGCGUUUUAACUUAACUGAAGAAAGAAUUUCUGAAAAAUUUCAAUCAAACUAAUGUGAUUCACGUCUCAGCUCAGCUUUAGAAAAUUUACAAAACUCGCCUGGUUCAUGUCGAUUAAAAAAUGAAACGUCGAAACAAUCAUAGCGGCUAAAUCAGUGAUUUCAAACUAGCAACGUUUGAAGAUCAAAAACGCACGUCAUGAAGCUGGAGACGCUGAAAAAGCUGCCGGAGGACAGUUUGUCGCUGAUCACCAAAAAGGAUAACGGUGCGUGCCUAAACGACAUUGACACGUCCGAUUGUGAGAGGGCUCGCGUUUCUUUGCUGGGUGCGUCAGUGUUCUUUCGUGCAUGGGUCCGAUGAGGCUAGAGGCGAUUUUUUUUUUCGGAGAAUUCAAAAUUGCAUGCCUACCAAAUUUUCUGCCAAAUCGAAUCUAAUUUUUUACCGAAAAAAAUGAUUUUUUUUUGCACUCCAAAACUCUCAGCCUCAUAGACCGCCAAAUUUUCCCCGCAACGCAACCGAACGCAGAUGUUUCUUGUCUAGUCGAACGCACAUUUUUCCCUCCAUGCACUCGCGCACUUUUCUUUUUUUGUUUUUUGAAAAGUAUUUUCAGCUAUCGGAACUCGGAAAUUGAAUUGAGAGCUUUGAUAUUUUUUUGUUCACCCACAGUCGCACACACUUUCUUUUGGUUUUUCCAUAACUUUCUUUCAGUUGCCUUGCUUAUUUUUUUAAAUCUUUCUCUUUCCUAUUGACAAAAGUUUGAAAAGAGUAAUACAUAACUCUGCAUUAACCUCGUUACGCUUUGUGAUUUUUUUGAGUCAGAUUAAAAAUUAAUGAAAGGGUUUUAAAACGAUAGGAAACAAUAUAAAAGUUUGAGAAGUUAGUUUUUCUUCCAAAUUCUUUUUUUCUUAAAAAAACUUAUUGUCUAUUAAAAAAACGUUUUUUUGGUUUUUUUGAAAAAAAAGGCUUUCAUAACAACCCUUUCGAAAUUUUUAUCAAAGAUCUUGUGAGGCUUCUAAAUAUUCAACUUAGAGCAGUUUUUCAAAUUCAACUUAUAAAAAAAUCUUCAACUUUAUUCACAAGAGCUGGGUUGAUUAUCUUUCAGCUAAUGAACACGAGCCAACUCGAAACUCAACAAAAUUUUGAAACAAUCAUUUUCUAUAGCACUCUGUUGCACUAGCAAGUCCUCAAGACCGGACGCUGACCCUUUGCAGAAAUUGUCAACACGAUUCGCGCCGAGUUGAAGAAGGACGGCCUGACGGCGAGCAGCAGCUCUCCCAGCUCCAGCGCCGCACCGCCGGUGAGUGCCACUGGCGGUGCGACUAACGAGACAUGCAGCAGCAGCAGCAUCUCCCCCACCGGCCGGAGGUCGCCCUCGCACAGUCCACUCCUCCAGUCAGCGCUGCGAACGGAUCUUCUGGAUCAACCAACGGCUUCACCUAUGAGCUCUCACCCAUCCCAACACGUAAGUUUCAAUUCGAACUCAAAAAUUCAUCUGAAAAUAAAGUUCUUUCCCACUUCGAUGUGACUAUUCGGAACAUCGUCAUUGAAAAAUGAUAAAAUUAGAGAUACAUAUUUUAAAUCAUACAAAUCUGUGUUCCAAACUUAUUUUUCUUUCCUGCUACUCACUGAUUUAAUAAGUCAGUUUUACGCUUACAUUCACCAUUAAGCAAAAACAAUAGCAUAACUCCAAAAAAAUUUUUAAAUAUCUUUUUUUAUUUGAAUUAGAAAUAAGUAUUAUCCUGGUUUUUCGAAACAAAAAAAUUGAAAAAGUUAGGUUGAGGUUAUGAUGGAACAAAAAGAAAGAAAUGAGGAGAAGAAAUAAAUUUUUGGCACAAAUGAAAAGGGUAUUGUCAUAUUUUUGAAAUUUGGAUAAUAGCUCUUAACAAAACGGUUAGAAAUAUAACAGACAGAUCUAAUUAUUAUUUAGGUUAAGAGACGAAACGAAUUGAAAAAACAAAAAACUCGCUUUUUGGUUAUUAUUAAUUCGGUUCUUUUUCAGCCGGUUCUCGCGUCACCCAUAAGCAGUACAAAAAGCUUUUUGAUUAAUUCGCCUGCAUCAAUACCAGCGUCUUCUGCAGAUGUUCACAAUUCCCUUCUAAAAAGGUCAGACUUUUCAUGUUUUCAACAAGUAAUAUCAUUGUUUCAUUUCAAAGAAGAACGAGAAAUUGGUAUGAGAGCGUAAAAUGCAAAAGAAUUUCUGGAAACUGAUAAUCCCGGCUUGCUGGUUUAGAUAUAGUGUUAACAGUCCCACAAAAGCACUCGAAAAAAUUGAAAAAGGGACUAAAACGUUUCGUGCGUCAGCAGCAGCGGCUUGAAGGGUUUAGCCAGUACUAAGAAUUUCAUUUCUCUGAGUGCUGUAAAGUUUUAGCUUUUUUAUCAUCUUCUUAGCCCACGCAAUCAUGUUAUACUAAAAAAACUAUAAAAGCUUUCAAUUUUGUCAAAGUGCAGGCUUUUUCUGCGCUCUGCGAUGAGGUGGGCUUUUUUUUGCACUUUUUUGUUUCGGAAAGUUUUCAUAUAUCCGAGAAAAAGUACUGCAUAAAGAAUUCCAUCUGACAAAAAUGAUCCUUCCUUUUGUAAGGACCUAAUCUCAGUUCAAAUUGUGACUUUCAUUUGAGUCUAGGUUCCUCAGACGUAGUUCCGAAUUUAAACUUAAAAACUGCUGAAAUCUGUAAGAAAAGUUCUCGGCGUCAAGAAUGAAAGAAAUAUUAGUCAUUUAUUGCCGGGUCUUUUUCAGAAAGGCUUAUGAAAAAUAUGCUGAGAAUGACAGAAAAUCAACUGAUUGAGAAAACCUUUUUCUUUUUUUACACAAAACUUCUUGGCAUUUUCUAAUUACUGAAUAGGAGUAGACGUGAAACUAAUUUCAAGAUUAAAAGAACUUCAGACGUCUAGAAGUUGUUUUUUUUUACUUCUCAGUUUUUUUCUCUAUGGUUAGCUUACAAUAGCCGUGUUUAUCAAGCAUUUCAAAGAAAAAUCAAGGAACCUGAAAUGAAUUUUCCGGAACAAGAACCAACUGAACGGCAAACCUUAACCUCUGGGGGGUUUUUUUUUAAAACUUCUAUAGCAAUUCCCAAAAAACAGAGAAGAAUGUUCUUGUAAGGAUAGAUUAAAAUUACAGUUCCGAUUCCAACAACAGCACAAUUGAGUCAGCGACUGUGGAAAAUGGCUCAAGCGCUUUGAAACCGAUCCUUCCUGAGGUUGGUGUUCAUCAGAAGUUUCUCAAAAAACUUGAAAUACAACGAACAUCUCACCAAAUGGGAAUCAUUACUGAAAAACCUGAAAGAAUUCUAGUAUUUUUCAGGAUGAAAAGAAAGCUUACUGCACCUUGAAAUCCACAAAACCUACUGAAAAAAAAACAGCGUUAAUUGAAAUUAGGAGUUUUGAGCCUGCUUGAAAAAUCUAAAAACCCAGAAAAAAAAAAGUUACAUGAAACAUUUUUCGAGCAUAAAUCUGCAGUUUUUUUGUUUCGAAUUACUUCAAGUUGAGACUGUCUUACCACUGCUUUAACUUUGAGACUGUUUCCAAAAAAAAGGAAACUUGGCAACUUUUUCAGAAAUAUCAUUAUAUACGAUAAUUAAUGAUUCUUAUCACCUUGAAAAGUCCUGGAAUUAUAAACUGAUUAUUUAUCAUUUCUACUACAAAAAAACGGACGAUUGUGCUAUUCGCAGUUUGAGUUUCACCUGGAUGUUUUUCUUUUCUCAUAGUUUUCAGCAGCACAUACCACUUGCUAUUCAGAUGGAUCCAAAUAAUCAAGCUGGCGACAUCACAAACGGGGGACAACUCAGCGAAAUGACGGUUUAUUAUUCAGAGCUUGAGGACCUUUUUUCAAGAGACCAUGUUUAGUUGCUGCAAAAGAACGAAACACCUGUCGCUAAACCCUCCAAAAUUUGCUGUUUUUGCAUGGAUCUGUUCGAGUCGCAAAUUGAACUCAAAGUAUGUCACAUCUUCUGACAAUUCAUUCUACGUUGCUCACAGGUUCAUCAUAAUGUGGACCACUUCACUUUUCGCGACGGCAGCGAGUUUCGUUGUCCCCGGCAACAUUGCGGAAAAGUCUAUCCGAACCGGACCUGUCUUCGUGUUCACGUUCGUGCUCACUUUGUCAAGGAGGCUGAAGAGAAAGAAAAAGGUUUGGUGAUCAGCGAAUGUAUCCUGCAUGCAGUACAUACCAUUCACUAACGUACAUUUCGUCAAAUUCGGAAAAGGAUGCUCGUUUUCAGAUAAUUUGUUUUCGUUGAUUCACCAUAAGAUUUUUCAGCUCUCAAUUAGAUUUUAGAAUGAGAAUAUAAUUCAUUUCAGAUAUCUAAAUUGUUCAUUGAAAAAUUGUACUCUCGAAGGCUCAAAUCUCAAACAGCGAAAUUUUUUGGAAAGUUUCAGAGGAACAAAACGUGGAAGAAUAUGGAGUUUCGAAAGUUGAUUUUUGGAAGUCUAAAACGCAAAAUAUGAUUCACAAGUUGGAAAAACUUGCUGGUAUUUUAAGAGAAGCUAAAAAAUAUUUUAUGAAAAAUAAUUUCCGCUUUUGCAUUGCAGACAAAGAAAUUCUGAUCGAGCCGGUUCGCAUGGCUCCUCCAGAUGUCAUGAUCAGCCCCCGCUCGAUCACCAACGGAAGCGUGUCUGCCGGACCGACGUCUUCCGUCGCCGCCACGCCGCGCAAAAACGCUAACGAAGAUGCUGACGUAAGCAAAUGGUACGGAUUCUGCCCUUACCCAGACUGUUUGAAGCCAUUGUCGUUGCCUUGCACGCAUUGUAAACGUUUGUUCACCGACGCCGUUUCCCUGCAAGAACACUGGUUCGCCCACGUCUCCAGCAGGAUUCACGUCUGCGAGGUAAUCACUGGCUUCCCUUCUUCCAACAUCUACACUACAUAUUCCUUUUUGGUGGAGCACCGGAAACUUCAGGCCAAGUUGCAACUAGUUUUUUUUUCUGGAACAAACCGACGUGUGUUCGACGAUGGAAGCCGCUUGAAACCUUUGUUCAGGAUUUUAUUUUUAGGAAAAAAUAUUCAGAAAUCGAAAUGGGAGUUUGGUUUGCUUGGUAUCUUUAAGUGAUUGAAAUGGUUUUUUGGGUUUUUUUCUUCAACUUUUUGCCUGAGUUCCGAAAAAUUGAAUUUCAUAGAGAUUGAGUUGGAUGAUGCUUUUUUGCUUGAACUAACAUUUCUGAGAAUCAGCUAACGAGCAAAGUGCGAAUGAACGACAAUUUAAGAUUUGCUGGAAGUUAGAGGAGAUCUGCUUCAAAUCAAUGAUUUUUUUUUCUGUCUCUCGUCAUUCAUUAGGAUCAUGAACACAGGAAUUGGAAUUUUUUUGAAACGAUAGCGUUCGAGAAAAACUUGUCUGAAAUUUGGAUGGAAAAAUGAUUUGAAUUCGAAUCGAAUUGCUUUCAAAAACUUUCAAGUUUUUAACUAUCCGCUCUUCGCUCGUGAGUAUAAAAAGUAGAAAGAGGAGAACAGCUUCAAAAUUUCUCAUCACAUCAUUUUCAGACUUGCGACGCCGGAUUCACCACUCAAGAAGCGCUUGACAACCACAUUCUCAGUCACAAGAAAUAG